AUGAGUGUAACACCCCCAGAUACCGAUGAUCCUGUCGACGUUGGCGACGAGAGUCAGACAGAAUGCGAGUUUAAUGGAGAUCUUCGGCACAUCUACGGCGUGAAAUCAUCCAUCGCAUCGUAUGCCUUUCUCGUAGGCAACCCCAAAUACAGCGAUUUCGAGAUCCUCGCCGGCGACAAGGUCUUUCCCGCCCACAAAGCGAUCGUCUGCUCGCAGUCGGAGUUCUUUGCCAAAGUCUUCGAUUCUCACUUUUCCGUUGGUUCUUCAACUCUUCUCCUUGAUGUCGACAUGGCUAAUAUUUAG